AUGAAAGUGUUGAUGCUUCUUUUGCUCGUCGGUUCUGCACUGGCCGGGACUGACCAGGGGGUACGAGACGAAUUCAAUGGAGAAGCGGUAGACUUUUUCAUGGGCAAGGACAAGAUGGCGGCCAUGUUGGAGAUGACUCCGUCUCCGCAUUGCCUGGAGGGCGACAUGGAGAUGAGUGAGGAACAGAAGGAGGUCUACUCCAUGAUGCAGGAGGUGACGGCCGAGAACAGUGCCCGAGUGCGCCGUUAUUCCAGCAAUGCCUUCCGACAGUGGCCCGACAAGACCUUGGUGUACCAGUUCGAUUCAUCGCUGUCUGAUGAAAUAAAAGCAUUGUUCAUGGCAGCCGUCGAUGAGUUCACGGAAAGGACGUGCAUCAAGUUCGUUGAGGCCAAAGAUGGUUACACUGGAGACAUCAGACCGAUCAAAGUAUGGGGAGACGGCAAUGGGUGCUCCUCGACUAUUGGUGGACCAGGCGGAAAUCUCAAAUUGCCGGACCUCUGCAAUAGCUACGGGACUAUCCUUCACGAAUUAGGCCACGCCAUCGGUGCCCUCCAUGAACAGAGCCGCUCGGAUCGCGGCGACCAUGUCACCAUCAACGAGGAGAACAUCUUGCCAGGAUACGCCCACGACUUCAGGGUGGCAGACCGGCCGCUGCUUGCCCCGUAUGAUCUGCACUCGAUCAUGCAUUACGCGUCUACUGCUUACAGCAAAGAUGGCGUCUCGGAAACCAUAGUUCCUCAUGUUGCUAAGAAGAGUGAGACAAUGGGAUUACAGAAGGGACUUUCCCGACUGGACAUCUACACGUUUAACCUGAUGUACGACUGCUACGAGGGCUGCCCCGAGGACCUGAAGGAUAAGUGUCAACAUGGCGGCGUGCCGUCCAAGGAAUGCACCUGCAUUUGUCCGGAGGAAUACAAGGGACCUUACUGUGAGAUCUUCAACGCCGAGACGGCUUGCAGUGUGAAGUUGAAUGCCACGUCAGGGGUAAUCCAGAGCCCGGGCUACCCUGCUAGAUACCCCAUCGACACCGAGUGUGUCUACGCCAUCGAGUGUCCUGUCGGUAUGACCGUCCAUCUGGACUUCAAGGACUUCGACGUUGAAGGAUACGGAUGCUUCUUCGACUUCCUUGAAACGAAAACUGGUGGCAUCAUCGAUGAAAUGUACCCUGACAAGUACUGUGAUGUGGCACUAAAAGGUGUCAACAUACAGUCCAAAACAAACCUGGCCCUGAUGAAGUUCAAGACCGACUCCAGGUUCAACUACAUGGGAUUCGAUGUCGAGUAUCGUUGUGAAUAAAUCCACGACAGACACAACUUGACAGGCAGUUUAGUACAAAUACAAAGCGUUGAUGUGUGGAAAUACAGAUGCGCUAGACGUAGACUUAGGAUUUUAGUUUAGUGUAGAAAGUAGUUAAGCACGCUUAACCAGCAUUCAUAAUAACCUAAUAGCACGCUUAACCAGCAUUCAUAAUAACCUCAUAACAUUAACAAUAACAUAAAUAAUUCACGCUUAACCAGUGAUUCAUAGUAAGUAAAUGAUAAUCGCUGAACUUUAAUUGAAACCAAUAAAGUUGUUUGCAGGCUGGUCAGGAAGGUGCAUAGCUAUGUACCAUUAUGAUCCCCUGUCCCUAUGUUCCCCAGUCCAUAUAUGUUCUCCAGUCCCUAAUCAUAACUGUUCCCCAGUCCUUAUGUUCGCCAGUCCCGUCCCUAUGUUCCACAGUCCCUAUAUCCCCUGUCCCUAUGUUCCCCAGUUUAUAAUGUUCCCCGGUCCCUAACCCUAACUGUUCCCCGGUCCCUAUGUUCACCAGUCCCAUCCCUAUGUUCCACAGUCCCUAUGUUUCCCAGUCCCUAACCCUAUUGUUCCUCGGUCCCUGCCCUUACCCUAACCUAAGGACUGGGGAACAUUGGGGACUGGGAAA